GGAUCUGUUGCCUGGCCCUUGUCUUCUGUUGUUACAUUUGGUGUCGCUGCCUACCGACAAAUGAAAAGCCUAUACCCUGCAGUUUUUGAUGGAGACAUAUGGAUCUUCGGGCAGGACUUCAAGGCUUCUGCGCAGUUGAGUGGCGUUCAAGAUCUGUCAGCGAUGGAGCUGCUACUUGAGACGCUGCUGGGAGGUCGGGCGAAAGCAGCAUAUGAAGGUGUGGGCCGAAGUAUGGACGAAUGUUCGACAGGGUCAGGCAAACAGUUUCCAAAGUGGGAAGGACCAUAUAUGGUCACUUCGAGAUGGGGUUACGCAGACACAGUCGCAAUGGCGAACAAUGAGAGGCGCGUGAACGUCAGCGAGCUCCAGAAAUGGAUACAGCGAGACAAGCCAACGAUGACGCCUGCACCAAGUAGAUCAAGCCGACUUCAGUCGCACGUAUUUGACGGGGGGACGAGUGUGGUGAGAGCAGGCUGCUAGCCGAUUGGUUGGCACUAAUCUACGUUAAGGUCUAGGUCACUAAUAUGGGCCGUGAACAAGGCUGAGUCAACAACCAAUCACAGCGAAGUUAACGUGGCAAAAUAUGAUUCGCAGAUAGAGAACUCUGUUUGUCAAGGAAUCCCGAAACAACCAAUCAGAAGCCUGCGUUUGUCUACCUAAACAACCAAUCAGAUGACUGUGCUUGUCUAUAAUAAUGUUGUCUGAAAUAUGUAUAAAUACGUGUUGAUUUUCAUAAUAAAAGGAUCUGUUGCCUGGCCCUUGUCUUCUGUUGUUACACC